CGCCUGCGUCUGCGUGGAAGACUGUGCGCAAGGCGGGACUCGCUCAUUUGAAUCCUGGAGGGGAUGUUUGAACUCCGGAGGUUCGGGGACAGAAGAGUGUAUUAGAACAUGUGCAGUAAUGUCAGCUCAAAAGAGAGUUAAGAGCUCUCUGGCACCAAGAACUUCACAACAUAGUAAUAGUUAUCAGACUAAUCUCUUGGCUUGGAAACUGAAAGAGGACCUAAGCAGCUCAAGGAGCACCUCGAAACAUGGACAAAACAGUCCAGUGGAAGAUUCUGAACAAGCUGAUGCUGAUGAGCAAGCAGAAGAUGCUCUGCAGAUAGCAGUAAGAUACUUUGAGAAAGGUCCCUUUAAAACUUCUCGGAGUAAAGAUAAAACCUUGGAAAAACACUUGAAAACUGUGGAAAGUGUGGCUUGGAAGAAUGGGUUAGCUCCAGAAGAAAUUGACAUCCUAUUAAAUGUGGCACUCAGUGGCAAAUUUGGGAGUGCUGUAAACUCUCGGAUGUUGAGAUGCAUGAUUCCAGCAACUCUAAUAUCAGAGGAUUCUGUGGUUAAGGCGGUCUCCUGGCUUUGUGUUGGCAAGUGUUGUGGUAGCACCAAGGUACUUUUUUAUCGUUGGCUGGUUGCAAUGUUUGACUUCAUUGAUCACAAGGAGAAAAUUAACUUGCUCUAUGGCUUCUUUUUUGCUUCAUUGCAAGAUGAUGCACUGUGCCCUUAUGUCUGCCAUUUCUUAUAUUUACUUACCAAAAAAGAGAAUGUCAAACCAUUUCGUGUGCGAAAACUGCUUGAUCUUCAGGCAAAAAUGCUCUCUUGCAUUGUUAUUUUCACUAUACCUUCUAGGUAACAGAAAUCUGUAAAGUUUUGGGUAUAACACAAUAGGAAGUUGUAGUGCCUAUGCCUAACUGCUACAACCUGCAUGACCUACCUGAAGGCAUUCAAAUUUAAUGAAAAACACAAACACAUGUGCACAUUCAUGCUUCUCUAGUGUGAGGUUUCCUAUUAGUACAAUUCACUGAUUGUUCUUGUUUUAUAGUUUCCAGUUUUGCUUCUAUGGGUAAAA